AUGAGCGCAAACGAUAAGAAUAAAGUAAACUGCAGCACUGAGAGAUUUGCCGGAAAGAGUAAAAACGCAAUCACACAUCCCGCCAAAAGCGAAAAAACUGAAAUUAUCUUAAAUUUGGCCAUUAGCGACACUGUUUCCCGGACUUUUAACUCCAGUAACAACGCCAUCGCCUUUGACGAGUUUAUCAGUAUUAAAAAUGAAAAACUGACCAAAAUGCCCAUUAAACACCAAAUUAAGUUAUUCGUGUCUAAUUUUGAGCCAGGCUCUUCCCCAACUCUAUCACCCGGUAGUAAAUCAAGUGUAUAUAACAUGGUAUAA